GCAACCAUGUCGCUGAACAAGUCGCUUCUUUUCGCCCUGUUGGGCCUAUUGGCCACAUUUGGAUUGGCUCAGGCGGAGCGUGUCCGAUAUGACAACUACCGUCUAUACAAGGCCAAUGCGGAGAACGCUGAGCAACUGGCUGUUCUCAAGCAACUGGAAGGAUCUACGGAUUCCAUCAAGUUCCUGGAUGGGGUUCACAUUGUUGGAGCUGAUGUCCAGAUGGUUGUUGCCCCACACAAGGUGCCUGAUCUACUGGAGCUGCUGGGAAAGGCUGAGAUCAAAUAUGAACUACAGUCUAAGGAUUUCCAACAGUCCAUGGAUGAGAUUGAGGAAAAAGUAGCCAUCAAAGGUCGCGCCAGCGCUGAGUACAAUUGGGUUCAGUACUAUGAACUGGAUGAUACCUAUGCCUGGUUGCAGUCAUUGGCCAAACAAUAUCCUCAGAUCGUUACAUUGAUUGAGGGUGGCAAAACUUAUCAGGGCCGUUCUAUUUUGGGCGUGAAAAUUUCCAAGAGCGGCACCGAGAAGCCUGGAAUAUUCAUUGAGGCUGGUAUUCAUGCACGCGAGUGGAUCGCCCCUGCGGCCGCCACCUAUAUCAUCAAUCAACUUCUGACCUCGGACGUGGAAUCUGUUAGGCAGCUGGGUGACAAUUACAACUGGUACAUCUUUCCCCAUGCCAAUCCCGAUGGCUAUGUCUACACCCACACCAAGGAUCGCUUGUGGCGCAAGACCCGCACACCCUAUGGCAGCUGCUAUGGCGCUGAUCCUAAUCGCAACUGGGGCUUCCACUGGAACGAGGUGGGCGCCAGCAACAGCGCCUGCUCUGAUACCUAUGCCGGGCCCUCGGCCUUCUCUGAGAUUGAGACUCAGUCGCUAUCCAACUACAUUGCUUCGCUUAAGGGCAAAAUUCAGCUCUAUGUGUCCUUCCAUGCCUACUCGCAGUACCUCCUAUAUCCCUAUGGCCAUACCAAAUCCUUGCCUGACAAUGUCAAGGACUUCCAGCAGGUCUUCAAAGCAGCAACUGCUGCGGUCUCCCAGCGCUAUAACACAAAAUACACUGGUGGCAACGUUUAUGAUGCAAUCUACCCUGCCGCAGGCUCCAGCACUGAUUGGGCCUAUGGCGCUCAGGAUGUGCGCAUGUCCUUCUGCUAUGAGCUGCGUCCCUCCUCCAACUCCUAUGUGACCGGCUUCAAGCUGCCCGCUACACAGAUCAUACCCGCAAGCGAGGAACUCUUGGACUCCAUCACCGCCAUGGUUGGCGAGGUCAAGAAGUUGGGCUAUUUCGAUUAAAG